AUGGUCCGCUACGCCUCCGCCCACCUCGUUAACUCGAACCCCGAGAAGUUCGCCAAGGCUCGCGGCGAGUACGUCCGCUCGCACUUCAAGAACACUCGCGAGGUUGCCGCCGCCGUCUCGGGCAUGAAGCUCUCGAAGGCCUACGCCUACCUCUCGGACGUCCAGGAGCACAAGCAGUGCAUUCCCUUCCGCCGCUUCGACGGCUCGAUGGGCCGCACUGGCCAGGCCAAGCAGUUCAAGACCACCAAGGGUCGCUGGCCCGUCAAGUCGGUUCAGUACAUCCUCCGCCUCCUCAAGAACGCUGAGUCGAACGCCGACGCCAAGGACCUUGCCGUCGAGGAGCUCUUCAUCAAGAACAUCGUCGUCAACCAGGCCCCCAAGACCCGCCGCCGCACUUUCCGCGCCCACGGUCGCAUCAACCCCUACCAGGGCCACCCCUGCCACAUCGAGAUCAUCCUCUCGACCCCCCAGUCCGAGGUCACCCGCGCCAAGGACCUCGACGUCUCGGCCAAGACUGGCCAGACCGUUGCCGCUAUUGAGGCAUAG